AUUAGAUGUACUGGCCAACGAGAACUGGUAGGGAACGAUCCGGUCUGCUCAGUCAAGUGGUGGAGCGGCGCGGAGGCCGGAUGUGUCGCGUGGUUUUUUGCUGAAGCCCAGCCUAUUCGUAUGCGCACACACAAAAUCGUACGGAAAAUGAACCUAAAGUGUGGCUAAGUGAACUAUCUUGAUUACGCGCCCCAGUUAAACAAACGUACAUUUUUUUUGUUUUGUUUUUCAAUUGAAAACAAAAGCACGUGAACAUGGGGGGAAACAGUUCUCUGUUAUUUGUGGUCAUCUGUUCAAUUGUUAUGAUGUUUCAUUGGCAGUGUUGUUGUUCCCAGCAGUUGGCAUCAGCCUAUCGACUGGGUCAACGGCCGAUGGAUAACGUCACAGUCCUUGUAUCCGACAACCGGAAGGAUGAUGGCGUUUCGAUCAUGGGGCCAUUGGUUCCUUACCAAGAAACCGAUCAAUGGAAACACGAGCAGCAAACCGUGUUCCAGGAAGGCGAAAGAAUACGUCGGGAUGAGUCUAGUAGUAGAAAUGGUGGCAGUUCAUCGGGCGGAAAUAAAGGACGUCCGGGAAGCAUUGACGACACCAACAUUCGACUUCUCGUUCAGACUCUAAAUGGACGCGUUCGUGGAACAACUAAAACUGCACUCGGCGAAACUGUGGACGUCUUCCUGGGCAUCCCGUUUGCCAAGCCACCUUUAGGAAACCUGCGAUUCAAGAAGCCCGUCCCUAUUGAUCCAUGGCAGGGAGUCUACGACGCCCAGAGUUUGCCAAACUCUUGCCAGCAGGAACGAUAUGACGUCUUUCCUGGUUUCAGGGGCGAGGAAAUGUGGAAUCCCAACACGCCCAUUUCCGAGGACUGUCUCUAUUUAAACCUGUGGGUACCGACUAAGCUCCGCCAUGCCAACAACAACAACAGCGGUAACGGAACGGUCCUCAUUUGGAUCUACGGAGGCGGUUACAUGAGUGGCACAUCGACGCUCGAAGUCUACGACGCCCUCAUUCUGGCAGCCACCAACGACAUCAUCGUCGUUUCCAUCAAUUAUCGCGUCGGUGUUUUCGGUUUUCUUUACCUGGACCACGAAGACGCCCCCGGUAAUAUGGGGCUCUACGAUCAAGCCCUGGCCAUCAAAUGGAUCAAGGAUAACAUUCGAUCAUUUGGAGGAGAUCCCAAUUCUUUGACAUUAUUUGGAGAGUCGGCUGGAGCUGGAUCGGUUAGCGUUCAUCUUUUAUCGCCCGUCAGCGGACACCUGGCCAGACGGGCCAUCAUGCAAUCGGGCUCUGUCAACGCGCCCUGGAGCUACAUGACGGCCGAGACUUCCAAAAAGAUCGCAGUUGCCCUAGUUAACGAUGUCGGUUGCAAUUCAUCCAUGGUCGGCAUUGAUACUCCGUCCGUGAUGGAAUGCAUGAGAUCCGUCCAGGCUAAAAACCUGUCGCUCAUCCAGUGGAAUUCCUAUUGGGGCAUCCUUGGCUUUCCAUCGGCUCCGACCAUCGAUGGCGUCUUCCUGCCCAAACAUCCGAAAGACAUGCUGAAAGAAGGCGGAUUCUCCGAUGCGGAAAUCCUUGUCGGAACCAAUCAGGACGAAGGGACGUACUUUAUCCUGUACGACUUUAUCCAGUAUUUCAAGAAAGACGACCCGAGCGUUCUUGAGAGAGAAAAGUUCCUCGAAAUUAUUAAUACUAUAUUCAAAACUUGGUCGCAACUGGAGCGUGAAGCCAUCAUCUUUCAGUACACCGAUUGGGAUCACAUUGAAAACGGCUAUUUAAAUCAGAAAAUGAUUGGCGAUGUGGUCGGAGAUUAUUAUUUUACCUGUCCGACUAAUUACUUUGCUCAGAAGUUCGCCGAGCACGGGACGAACGUUUACUAUUAUCACUUCACUCAGAGAUCAAGCACUAAUCCGUGGGGUCAAUGGAUGGGAGUGAUGCACGCCGACGAAGUCGAGUACGUUUUCGGUCAUCCGCUCAACAUGUCGCGUGACUACACGGCCAGCGAACGUGAACUCAGUCGUCGAGUGAUGAAAUACUUUGCUACUUUUGCCAAAACUGGGAAACCCGUGGCGGACGAUACGCUUUGGCCGAUUUACUCGCGGAACGAGCCGCGCUAUUUUAUUCUGAAUGGCGAGGUACGCGGAAUCGGACACGGGCCCAGGGCCACGGCUUGCGCUUUCUGGAAUGAAUUUAUGCCACUUAUUACAGCGCGUCAAAGUACAAAUCAAUGCGACCCGGACGCCAUGCUGUCGCUAAGAGGAUCGGCGUCCAGCAUCGCAAAAUCUUCCGGUCGUCGCGGAAUUUUCGCCAUCGUGUUGUGCUGGUUACUUAUGGCUGUCUUGAAAGUCAUUUGAAUAGCUAAUUAUUGAAACAAACAAAAAUUGGUUUCUAGUUUAAAAAAAAUGAAUACUACGUAGCUACGUAGCCAAUUUUGCAUAAUUUUUUUUUAAAACUCUAAUUCCGUAUAUAACUUUCUUAUUAAUUUGUAUCAUGUAUCAUUCUUUUUUUUAUAUAUCACGAUUAAUUCCGGUCUCUAUACAGCACUUAUUUGUCCUAUCUGAAAAAAAAAGAUCUUCUUUAACAUCGCUCGAUAAAUGAAAAAAAAAAAAAGAGUA